AUGAAGCCUCUCCUGGCCACGUUGACGACGAUCGCUCUGAUCGUCCUGUCGCCGGACACCGUCUGCCGACCGACUGAAGCAGCCAGCGAAGACUGCUGCGGUCCGAACGAUCCGAACUACGACACGCUGUUCUGCAAGGAACUCAGGUCCCUGUCGGACAGCCAGCAAGCAAGCGCCAGAGAACGCCUCGGAGAAAUCUGUGACUACUGGGCCAAUAUGGGUAAGCUGAACAGAACACGCCGGUUUUUGACCGCCCACCCUUUCACCGGACACAUCGCCAUAGCAAAGGGGCCAGCCAGCAGGGUGUUUGACCCUUUGAGUUCUUUUCCUCUCAUUUUGUAG